UAUCUGUGGGUUUUGUUUACGGUUUCAUCUGUACAGCGUUAUAUAUUCUAUAUCUACUGUAAUUUUUUUAUUCUUUGUACGAAGAAAGGCAUGCAAAUGAGUCGUAUGAACUCUCCAUCUGUUGGUGACGACGAUGGGGGCGUCGGUCACGCGUUGAGUGACUUUCUCUUGCAACUUGAAAACUACACACCUUCAGUUCCCGACUCUGUUGUUGCUUUUUACUUGAAUAUGUCUGGCUUCGAAUCGCAAGAUCCGAGGCUUAUCCGCCUCAUAGCACUAGCAGCACAGAAAUUUCUCUCUGAUAUUGCUAAUGAUGCUCUCCAGCACUGCAAAAUGAGGACCUCCAGCCAAAUGUCAAUGAGCAAAAAUCAAAAAGGACCUAAAGAAAAGAAAUAUGUAAUGACAAUGGAAGACUUAGUGCCAGCAUUACAAGAAUAUGGAAUCAUUGCAAAGAAACCACACUAUUUUGUGUGAAUUUAAUGUGGGAUGAACUUUGAUCUCAAAUUGUGUAUUUUUUGUAAGUGAAAAAUGAUAAAUUUAAUAUUUAUGAAAAGGUUGAGUAAAGGUUUGGCUGCUAAAUCUGUUGUACAACACUACACUGUAAUCAAAAUUACUUCACUUUUGUAACAUACGUAAGUUAUUUUUCUCCUGUUCAAUCAUACAAAGGCUUAAUGCACUGUAGCUUGCUUACAUGUAAGCAUAUUACGAUUCUAUCUACCAGUUAUUUGAAUAUAGCAAAAAAUAUCAUAGACAGGUUAUCACUGACAAUCUUGUCAUAUGAUUGGCCCUUUCUUGGAAGAAAUAGCAAAUAGUUUAUCAGGUAGGUUGUUCUUAAAGUAAGAUUCUAAAAGUAAGGGCUGAGUAUAGUCUGAACUAUCACACCUAAGUUAAACUCAUAUAAGACAUACAAGAGUUAUACUUGGUGCUAAAUCUUAACUCCGAAUCUUACCCUGAGACUAGGACCACAGUUGUACAUCUCAUUUAGUGCGAGUUUGCUAAUAUAUAAACUUAAUACACAUACACAUCUGUAGAGUAGAAAAUUAUAUCAUUAAAUGUAGGUGAAUUUCUUAGUUAAAAAUUAAUUAGCUCUUCCCUUUUUCUAGUCUCGGAUUCGAACCCAGGACAACAAAAGAAUGAGCUAUUGAGAUGUAAUGUUCAAAAUGUAUUUAUGACCGGAAACAAUGGGGGGAUUAAAAUGAUUGCCCUACAGAUUUUGUAUUUUAAUUAAUAAAUUAUGUUAUUAGAGAUUUAAGGUAAUUAAAUAAAUGAAUUGAUUUAUA